GCUCUCCUUCCUCCCCGUCCGCUCUAGCCCCUCGGGGAGACCAUAGAGGCGUCGCCAUGGCGACGGAGAGGCCUAGUCCUGGCCGGGCGCCUGAGCGAGCCAUGUCCGCAGUGCCUCCGUCCCCGGCGCCGCUCGAGGCCUCGCUGCAGACGCGCCUGGUGGAGAACCAGCCCUACGACGAGAGCCUGGAGGUGAACGAGGCCGAGGAGGUGGCCAGCCUCUACGCGCCCAGCCCCCCGCAGCCAGGAGCCAGACCCGCCGCCCGAGGCGCCCGCAAAGGCCCGGCCCAGGAGAACAGCAGCGAGGAAGAGGAGGAGGACGAAGUGGAGCAGAUGCUCAAGGAGAAGAAGAAGGGGCCCCCGGCGCUGGGCUCCCCGCGGAGGUUUAGCGGGAACGAAGUGGAGGACGAGGACGAGGACUCCUCCGAAACGGACUCCGAGGACGAUGAGGACGACGACGACGAGCACGGAGGGCCCCUGGAGGGGACAUACAAUCCGGCGGAUUUUGACUACCUGCCCGUCCCCAUGGAGGUGAAAGAGCUUUUCCAGUACAUCCGGAGGUAUUCCCCACAAAUGAUUGAACUGGAGCACAAGCUGAAGCCUUUCAUUCCAGACAUGGUUCCUGCUGUUGGAGACAUUGAUGCUUUUAUAAAGGUCCCACGACCAGAUGGGAAACCAAAUAACCUUGGCCUGUUGGUGCUGGAUGAGCCCUCCAUAAAGCAGUCUGAUCCCACUGUGCUUUCCCUCUGGCUGACAGAAAACUCCAAGCAGCACAAUGUGGCCCAGCAGAUUAAAGUAAAGAGCCUGGAGAACGCCGAGAAGAACCCCAAAGCCAUUGACAACUGGAUUGAGAGCAUCACUGAGCUCCACCGCUGCAAGCCCCCUGCCACCGUCCACUAUGCCAGGCCCAUGCCUGACAUUGAGACCCUCAUGCAGGAGUGGCCCCCUGAAUUUGAAGAGCUGCUGGGAAAGGUGAACCUCCCCACUGCGAACCAUCUCUGGAUGUGGGUGUCUGUAGCUUUAUCGACUGGACAGACCACCAAAGAACAUUUAGACCCUGACUGGCAAGCACCAGGCGCAAUGUCUCCAGUUGCCAGAUGGUGCAGCUGGCUAGCUAAUCUUCUGUUUGACCCAGACUCAAAUGUUCCUCUUGGGUGGGUGGGGAUCUUUUCCUCAGCUAUUCUGGACAUUCCUGUUUACAAGGGCCGCCGUAUCCAGUCUCUGCACACUCUCUUCUCACUCUACUCUGAAUUCAAGAAUUCACAGCACUUCAAGGCCCUGGCUGAAGGCAAGAAGGCUGUAAGUCCUCCUUCCAAUCCCCCAUCCCAGGCUGGAGAGUCAGACAUCCUGAACUUGACUUGAGCUGCCCACUGUCCUCUGGAGGGAGUCAUUUGAAGAGAACAACACAGGGUCUUGUUUGCAAGCAUCUGGUUGUGGAAGGCUAGAAGAAACUGUUAACACGAUGGAUACCAACAAAACACAGCAGCCCCAAGAUAACAGUGGAAGGGUGGGUUUAAAGAGGGAUCCAGUUUGAAUGCUCUGUCCCCCUGGGUUUGGUACUAGAAGAUGUUCAGCAUCUCACAUAGUUUAUACAGCCUUUGAGAAAGAGUUGUUUCAGUAAAGUUUUCCUCUUGAUAUUA